AUGCUGCAACCUCUAUAUAUCUGCAUCUUUGGCUCACCGCUCAAAAUAUUCAUAGGACAAGCUCGCGCUUGGAUGAUGCUUCUCAUUUUCGAUACACUCGUUUUCUUGUUGGCCACGUUUAAUGCCAUCAGGACUUGGAGGGAACUCAAGAUUAUCCGCCACAUGAGAGUCUCCCUCCACGUUAUCCUCCUACGAGAUGGCGCUGUAUAUUUCGGCUUCAUGUCCAUCGCUAAUCUUGUCAAUAUCUUGACCUUCUAUUUUGCAGAGGUUCGUGGUUGA